GCAGUGGACGUCAAAGCUAUGCGACUUGGGGGGCCUCCGCUGGAUUUAUCAGCAUGCCAUCAGCGAGGCGCGGCAGCUGUACGCUUCGAAGAACCAACAACCUUUGCGGUGCUGCAGCGUUUCUCGCCUUACCACGAAAUCCUGGUCGCAUUGUCUGCUGUCUUCCAAUCAUCCGUUUGACCACUGUUCGUCUCGUUUUCGUGUGCAGCGUAGCGUGCUGCGCUCUCUGCCCUUUGCCUGCCGCCGACGCCGACGCUGUGGCAGAAGAGAGAGUAGCCCGUGAUAAGCUCGGCCAUCACGACCGUCUCAGGCCACUUUCGCCAUCGUCCUGCUGCCAGCAGUUUCUCUCCGACAUCCUGUCACGACUGCUCCGCUCCGCUCCGCUCCGCCACCGCUGCCACCCCGAGCGGGCGCAUCAUAGUCUGAGCAGUGCAUAGGCUGAGAAUCGAGGUAUGCCCUUUGCAACAGUCCAGCCCGCCAGCCCCAGUCCAUGCAAUGGAACGCACAGCUUCGGUGGGGUUGAUCGCCUUGCUCCAUCCCGAGUGAGGCUACUGCGCAUCCGCCGCACCAUAAUCCUCCGUCCAGACUCACCAGGCCCCGUCAAUCUCACGCUCUCCCUUGUUCCUUCGUCUCCUCUUUGACAAUUGCUGACCAGCAGCCUUAGCCACUCCGUCCAGAUCGAUGGCCGGUCGCCUAACAAAGCCAAAAGAACAACCCGCUCCGUACUUGUCCUCCAAUCAGCAGGACCUCCUCCUCGCCGCAUUGAACUCGCAAGCCCGUAGCCAAGGCCAAAGCACGUCGGUCGGCGACGGCCUGUUGAAAAGAUCACGCUCGGACCCCUCAGCCGCAGCUCAAACGGACACCAUGAGCGGUGCCAAUGGUACGCUCUUCAUGAGCCCGCAAGAUGCGGCGCUCGACAACUUCGACAUCAAUUACACCCCAGACGUGGAUUACCUUGAUGGGGACAAUUUCGAGUUCGAAAAUGCCGAUCUGGGCGGAGAAAUGAUCGGCGCGUUGCCAGGAAGCGGCUCUGGCGACGACUCUCAAGUCAGCAAUGGCGAUGGCCACGAGAAGCGCAAGAGUCCAGACGAGAAUGGAGGUGCUGCAGAAGGCGACACAAAGAGACAGGAAACAGAAGAAGGCGAGAAAGGCGCCAAGAAGCCCGGCAGGAAACCGCUCACCACGGAACCGACAACAAAACGAAAAGCGCAAAAUCGUGCGGCACAGCGCGCUUUCCGUGAACGUAAGGAGAAACAUUUGAAGGAUCUGGAGACGAAAGUCACCGAGCUGUCAAAAGCUCAGGAAGCUGACAAGCACGAGAACGGGCUGCUGAAGGCCCAAGUGGAACGCUUGCAGACUGAAUUGCGUGAAUAUCGCAAGCGGCUUUCCUUGAACAGUGGCGCUCUCCGCGGAUCACCGCCACUCAAUGCUGUCGGUGUACAACAUCGCAGCAACAGCGCUGGGUCGUACAAUGGAGGCUUUCAGUUCGACUUCCCAAAAUUUGGUGGCCUCCCUGGAAGUGCGUUGUUCGGAAACCAGAACCUCUCCACCGGCAACAGCCCCAUUAACAAGGCUUCUGGCAACACUGCUCCAGCUAUGACUCAGUCGCCAACCAGUCUCAAUGGACAUCGGAACUCUCUGUCGCAGGGGCAAAACUCGCGCCAGAACAGCAUGGGUCGAAGCAUGAGCCCUCAAAGUCUUCAAGGCAACGGAUCCAGUGUGACAAGCCCUGCGCAAAUGACCAACAGUGAUGCAACGUUUGCGCCGUACAGCACCAACAACAAUAUGCAUGGCUUUGCCAGCACACUUCCACAAAUGAACAAUGAUGGUUUUGGAGACCUGUUCAGCCCGAGCAUUCUCAAGGGCGCCAACUCGGACGAGUAUUUCGGUGGCUCCAAACUCAACACAACCGCUUCGUCGGUUUCCAACCUCGACAACGGCGGCGACAGUACUGCUGGACUGAAUCGCGUGUUCCAAUUCAAUGGUGGUAGCAUUAGCGAUAGCACGUCCCCGAGCGCCAGCUCGUCCAGCCAAUGGAAUGCAAAUGGCAACAGCUCUUGUGGCACAUCUCCUGAGCCUUCUCACGACAGCCCUGCGCUCAAGGACAAUAAGGAGAAGCCUGCAGAGAAUUUCUGCGACAAGAUAAACCCCAACAAACAACAGACGAACAUUUCUCAUGUUGCGAAAACAGACUACAGUUCGCAGACGGGUCUCAAUUCCAUGUUUGGGUUUCCGAACAACGACUACAAUGUUCCGUCUCUCAAUAGCUUUGAUCCGGUACUUUUUGGCGAUUACCGAGACAGCAACGACGCCAUUGUCGGAGCUGGUGGUGAUUUCACAGGCGGUUUCUUCGACGAUGCAUUAAAUCCGUCAUCUUUUGAUAUGGGCUCUCCUAGCAAUCUUUUUGGCAUUCUUCAAUCGCCACAACAGACACAAAGCUCGUUGGCUGUAAGCAAGUCACCGGUAAACGCAUCCACGCCGAGCAGGACUUUGAUGGCAGAGAUUGAGAAGACUCGUGACGGAGACAAUGACGAGCACCUGGUUUCCGCUCAGCCGCGGAAGAAGCCUGCGGAUGGCAAAUACGUCAGCUGCAAUAGCAUCUGGAACCAGCUUCAAUCGAAUCCUGAUUUCCAGGAGGGCAAGUUCGAUCUAGAUGGCUUGUGCUCAGAGCUUCGUGCGAAGGCAAAGUGCUCCGAGUCUGGCGUGAUGGUUGAUCAGGAUCAUGUGGAGGCUGCUCUCAAGAAGCUUGGCCAAAAGAAUGAAGCUGGUAAGCCAUUUGAAGUUCCAUCUCUGAUGUUUGAGCAGGACAGCUGGUGA